GAUGUAAUACGCUAGAAAAGUCCCCGUAUUGUAAGUACAGUGCGAAGGUCAGUAGCGCACUGACCAGAGUAUAUUAGAAUUAAAACAACAGAACUUUCUGUUUCUGGAAUUAUUCAUAAAAAAGAAACAUGCCAAGAGGAAGCCGAAGCCGAACUUCGAGGAUGAGUCCUCCAAGCUACUCCUCUCCAUCACCUCCACCGAUGGCUAGAGCAGCUCCUCCUCGCUCAUAUGCUCCAGCCCCCGCUCCUCCUCCUCCGUCGGCGGUGGCGGCUCCUGCUGCUGCUCCCCGUCAGCCGGGGAUGUUCGCUCAGAUGGCGACCACCGCGGCGGGUGUAGCGGUCGGCUCUGCCGUCGGACACACGAUAGGGCACGCCAUGACCGGCGGCUUCGGCGGAGGUGGACAAUCAGAGGCCGCCAGGCCCGACGUCACCUAUCAGGAGCCCUACCAGGCUCAGCCCAUGUACCAGCAGCAGCAGCAGCCGUCCAUGUACCAGCAGCCGGAGCAGAGUCCCUGUGCGUACGAGCUGAGGCAGUUCAUUGAAUGCGCUCAGACACAGAGCGACCUCAAACUCUGCGAGGGCUUCAGCGAAGUGCUCAAGCAAUGCAAGUUCUCCAACGGACUGUCAUGAGGUUUGGAUUGGAGACAGGACCACAACUAUUCCAUAGGCAUUCACUGGCUGCUUGCUUUUGGAAAAUUAUUCAUAUUAAAAAUGCCUCUUAAUCCUAUAUUAGAGCCUUUGUGGAAAAAAAUAAAAAGAAUAAAUUGUGUGUAACAUAUGUGAUGCAUGGUAUUUAUGCAUCUGGUGUAGAUAAGCGCAGCUUUGAUUUGUGUAGAGAUCACAAUGUGUAUUUCUGCAGGAGAAUUUGUGAUAUUAUUAAAAUGUUUAAUUCAAAUGGUGUGGUCUUGAAUGGUGAAUAAUAAAAGGAUCAGAAACACUCAAA